AAUCGUUGCUUCCGGUAUUGAGCAGCAGUAGAAUGGCAGUUGCGCGCAAAAGUCUGUUUAUUUACGUGCUGUCGAUGAUUAAUUGAUCGCGAAAUCGCGUCUACAAGCGAUAUCCAAUGAGUGAGUUCAAUGAAAACGAAAACGAGAUGGUAUAGAGGUGAAAACAUAACUAAACAGAUUUGCUGAAUAUAAAAGAAAGAAAACGCUAGUGAAUGUCGUGACUGUGGAAUUCAGCCUAUCAUCAUCGUUCUAACCUAUUUCACGAAACAACGUAUUCUUCAUUCUGGAAUUUUCUGACGCGCUGUCAACGUUUGUUUGCCAACAGUGGUUCGGCAUGAUGCCAUGUUCCCGCAAACGCUGAGCACAGAACCGUGCAAAAUUGUUACCAUGGCUGACGAAGUACUGCCGGCGAGUUUAGAAAAGCUCGAAAUUGAUCGUCUCUCAUCGAGCUGUCCUCAUAUUACACCUAUUGACAAAGUAAAGUCGUCAAAUCCAUUUAGAACAACAAGUAAAAUCGUCAGUUCUGAUUGCAGUCAUUUAUUUCGAAGACGAUUGAUACCUGUCAAGCCAACAUUAACCACAAACAGUCCCAGAGGCGUUAAAAGCACAACGAAUUUUAAACCAUCAAAAAAUGAAAGAGUACUUGAUAAAAAUAAGAAAAACUCAAUAAUCAAAGAGGCUGUAUUAAAAUUAAACGAUACUGGCACUAACUGUCUUAGCGAUAAUCUAGCAAAUACAUUGAUUAAAGAAACAUGUAAAUUUAAUAUUUCUGGUAAGAACUCAAAGAUUUUUGGCCAUGGUACGGUUGCAAAGGACUUUAAAACACUAAAUAUUAGUGAAGACUCUAGACAAGCUAAAGACGAUACCAGCAUUCAAGAUAAUUAUCAAGCUAGUAGUUUCCAACGUGCACGUAGUAAUACGAUGCCAAGCUUAAAAAGAGGGCCUGGGCCAGGUGGAGGCAAUAACAACAAUAAUAAUAUUAACAAUAAUAAUAAUAAUAAUAGUCAAUCAGAAGCUGCUGGUUCUACUGGUCAACCUUCAAGUUCAAAUACAUGUUCGGUACAAGCACGAAUAUCUCCACCUUCAUGCGAUGUUACUAUUGACGAGCUUGCCAGCUACUUCGAGGAGUUUGUUCAUAUUCCAAAGAAGAUGUCGCACAUGGCAGAAAUGAUGUAUAUUUAAUUAUAAUAUAUUGAAUUGUAACAGACAGAUUUCUUAUACAGUUUUUCAAAGACUAGCAUGAGCUGCAAUGUUUAUGCAUGAUUACAAGUCUAAACACUGUAUGUUUGCUACAAAUCCAAUUUAAUUUGGUACCUAAAUUAUAUAUAAUAUACAAUAAAACAAAAAUACAAAAAAAUCUGCGUUUUUGUAGAGGAUUAAAUCUAAAUUUUUUUUUUUUUUUUUGUGAAAAUGGUAAAAGAGAACAAAGAUGACGAUGUAUUAAUUUUAAGAAGCCAUUUGUGUCAAACUAUUUCAUUUAGUUCAAUGAAAACGUUUUAAUGUCUUUGUUUUUUAAAUUUUUGUAUUAUAAAAUGAAACAUUGGUACUAGAAUAAAUUUCUUGCAACUAA